CCACACUGUUCUCCAUCACAGCCUUUAUUCUCAACCAGCCUUCCCCACACAGCCACCCUACAGUCUCUCUCAAGCAGCAUAUUCUUGUUGUUCUAUCAGUUUCUUGCUCUUGCCCUUCCCCCAGCGUGUCUCUCCCAAAUCUCCCUCCCUUUCUCAUACCUCAGCGUGUCUCUCCCCCAGCCAUUGAGAAAGGGGGAAAAAAAUAAAACAAUCAAAGAAGGAGAGGGAGAACUUAACCGGUGCAACGAUUCCUCCUGCACUUCCGCGUUACAACCGGAUAUCCUGUGAGGGGGAGAGAAGUCGGGGGCGCGCAGAUGACUUUACAGCUACAAUGGAGGAAAUAAAGAAAGAUGACGAUGAAUAUAAAUUGGAGAAAGAUGAUUCAGAAGGAGAUUUCAAUGUGCAUUUAACUUCUGAACAAAGCGUUAAUUCUUCAACAAUCAAAGAAGCAGAAUUGCUUGAAACAGAAGCAAAUGUCAUGAGUGUCGAUACAAUUUCUGUACCUUCUGAGAAUAAAGAAAAACACAUCUCUAUUCAGAACUCAUUAAAAGACCUAGAGUCAUUGGCUGAGAAAAGUGAAGGGGAAAAAAAGCCUUGUCCUCUAUGUCCAGAGGAGACUUUCAAACCCUGCCUAAUCAACAAGCUCCUGAAACACCUGCAGAAUUUGCACUGGAAAGUGUCUGUUGAAUUUGAAGAAUACAGAAUGUGCAUUUGCUGUUUACCGUGCAUGCAACAGAAGCCAUCUCAGAAUGAGACGGGAGUGCCUGCUAAGACAACAUGUCACUAUCACUGCUUCAUCUGUUCAGCAACCAUUUGCAGAAGAACAGAGAUGCUAAGUCAUGUUAAGAGGCAUGCCACCAAAGGGGAGACAGAUGGAAAAUUUUCUUCAGGUCAGUUUCAAAAGACUUUAAAGGAGUUGAACACACAUGUGCAAGUUGCUCCCAAUUUCAAAACGCCACAGAAAACGGACACUUUUUUUAAUCCAAAAAUGAAAGUUAACAGGCAGCUGAUAUUUUGUGCCUUGGCGGUACUGGCUAAAGAGAGAAAUGCACUCGAGUGUUUGGAUGCCUUUGGAUCAACAGGCAUUAUGGGAUUGCAAUGGGCAAAACAUCUUGGAAAGUCUGUGAAGGUAACUAUUAAUGACAUAAGUGAGGGCUCAGUAGCAAUGAUCCGGGAAAACUGUCUCCUCAACAACUUGAAAGUAUUGACAAACAAAAAGGAUGAUGAAGAUGAGGAAAAUGAAGUGGGAGAAGCUAGUGAUGAUGCCGUAGAGGUCACACAAUUAGAUGCCAAUGUUCUAAUGCAUUUAAGAGCUUUUGAUUUCAUACACCUGGAUCCUUUUGGGACAUCAGUAAACUACCUGGAUGCAGCUUUCCGGAAUGUUAGGAAUCUGGGAAUUGUCUCCGUGACGUCAACGGACACCGGGUCACUGUUUGCUAAGUCACCAAAUGUGACAAAGCGCCAUUAUGGAUGCCACAUUGUAAGGACUGAGUACUAUAGAGAGUUAGCGGCUCGCAUUAUUUUAGCUACACUGGCCAGAGCGGCCGCUCGCUAUAAUAAAGGAAUUGACGUAUUGCUUUCCGUAGCUGUGGAACACUUUGUCUUGGUUGUGGUCAGGGUUUUGAGAGGUCCUACCCAGGCUGAUGAAAGCAUACAUAAGAUACAUUCACUUAUCCACUGUCAGUGGUGCGAGGAACGGAUCUUCCAGAAGGAAGGGAAUAUGGUGCAAGAAAAUCCUUAUAAAAAUCUUCCCUGUGAUUGCCAGGAAAGCAUGCAAGGAAAUUCUGCAGUUGUCCUGGGCCCCAUGUGGUCUGGCUCACUUUUUAACAUGGGAUUCCUUAGGAGAAUGAUGAUUGAAGCUGUGGAACAUGAAAUGGAUGAUAUCCAUCCCUUACUAAAAACUCUUCUCUGUGAAGCUGAAUGUACACUCCAAAAACAGUUUUCCACUCAGCCCAGUCAAACUGAUAAUGCUUUUUUGUCUACAGAAGAAAGUGGGGUGGUAAUCAAGUUUUCUGACCCAUCGGACUGUUCUACAGACCCAGGAAAAAGGAAACGCUGUGACAUGAGUAAAAACAUUUCUAAACGUCUCAGAAAUGAGGCCCUUGUAGAGCACCCUCCAUUUUAUUACAGCAUCCACAGACACAGCAUCCGAGGGCUGAACAUUCCAAAAUUGAACAAAUUUUUGCAGUAUUUAGCAGAGGCGGGUUUCAAAGUAAGUCGGACCCAUUUUGAUCCCACAGGGAUUCGCACCAACGCUUCCCUGGCAACAUUUAAAUCCAUUCUUCAAAAGAACAGCACAAUCGCAAAUACUUCUCAGGCAAGUGACGUUGUGGCGACGGCCGAGAACAGAGGGCAGGAUCUGCUGACAGAGAAAGCUAUGACUGAGAGACAAAAUAACUACUAGUUAUUUGUCUGGAAUGUACCAGUGUAUGCUAACAGGCUGUAAGUAAAGCCUCUGUGCCCAAGUGGCCCCUACUGGGAAACUGAUUAAUGAAAGCUUGUCUGCAGUAGUUUUGUAGAUUGUGUUAUUUUAAGACUUUUUAGCCAGUAGCCAUAUCCAGGAUAUUGGGGGUGAAGGCUACCGCCCCGGGGGCCAUGCACCCCCCAAUGUACCUCCAUUGACGCAUCCCCUGCAAUGGCCCCCACCACGCACCCCUAAUUCACCCCCCCAUAGGUGAAGGGUGAAUUUAUUGUUUCAAGAGGCUAAAAGAGGCCAUACAUAGGGGGACGUAAACCAGCAGCCCACAGAUAUUCCUUUCUGUGAACUCCAAAGGGUGCUUAGCCCGUAUAGGAAUGUCUGCAUUCAAAGGAGAACGGAGAUUUGUGACGUCACCUCUUUACCGGCCUCUAAACCUUACGCGUCUUCUGCCUGCCUCACUUUCCCUUCUAAUUACGGAAGCUUUUAUUUAUGAGGUAGGCAAGCAGGGAGACAGACAACCUCCAAAAAAAAGCUGGAUACAAAUGCUCUUAUCAACAGGCAUAGUGUAAGUCACCCAACUCAGCACUGAUUUUUUUUAAGUAGUUUUUUUUUUUUUUACUGUAACGGAGACGUCCUCCCCUGAAUGCGCGUAUGUGAAACGCAUCAGGGGAGGACAUCGCUGGCCAGGGGCAGCAGCAACAGGGUCGGGUCUGGGCCGCUGGGGCCCACAGGUUAUUUUCCCGGUGUCCCAGCGGCCCAGUCCGACCCUGGCCAUAUCUUCAGAAAAUGGUACUUGGAACAUUGGUAUGGCCAAGAGCAGUGCAACACAAUUACCAUGCCAAAGCUUGUGUAGAAUGCACCCUUUUUCAACAUGAGUGCAAUGAAUAGGACUUGGGUUGGGCAUACUUUCUGCCUGUUUUAAUCAUGAAAAAAUCUAUGGUUUUUGUUAUUUCUUAAGCUAAAUGUGGCAAACACAGAUCACCCCCCUGCUAACAUAAGUAAGAGGUUAAAGGGGGAGCGGUUGUACACUGGUAAUUUAAUGUCCUACCUUGCAAGAAAUAACUAAAACCAUAGAUCUUGCCUGAUUAAAACAUUUAACAAGGAGCAUGUUUAUUGCACUCACGUUGAAUAAGGGGGGAUACUGCCCCUUUAAUGUAAAAAGGUUCAGUUAUUUGUAAAUGUUAUUGCUACUGGAAGCAGCAUCUGUCCAUGUACUCUCUGCACAGCUUAUAUAUUCAUGUUUGAUAUAUGAGUGAACUUCCUAAAAAAAAAAACAGGCGGAAGAAAAACAGCAGGAAGAUUCUAAGGAACAUAUCACACUGCGAUGAUAAUGCUGCACCCCCAUUUCACUCUCUGUAUAAAACAAGCAACAUUUCCUUUUAUUAAAAAAAAAAAAAAACACUUUAAAAAGAUGUAAAUAUAAAUAAAUAUAAGAGUUUA